AAUGAAGCCAUUCAUUCAUCAUCCUUUCCUUUUCCAUGGUCAAUACUCACAAAACCCAUCUAGUUUCUGACACCAAUUAGCUUCUGUCACUGUUCCUGUUCCUCUUCUGUCACCACAGAAUUGGAACACACUGAACAAAACAAUUCAAAUCACCACUCUCUCUGUGUGCAUGUUCUGCUGCAUCAUCAUCACCAUCAUCAACCAUGGAAAUGGUUCCAUACUCUGACCCCAACACCACCACUCCAGCAUGGCAGGACAUGUUCCGAUCCGCCUCCACCAGAAAGCCCGACCCCACCCCUGAGCCCCACGCGCCGCCUUCAAUGAACCACGCGCAGUCUCGCUCAUCCAACGCGCCGCCGAAUCGCCCCGACGACGGCGACCCAGAUGGGAAAAACACAUUCUCCGGCGAUCCCCAGGUGCGACUCGCUCUCUACAUUGCGAUGGCUCAUGCGGGUCUUGGCUUCGCCAUCUUCAUCCUCUACACUGUGUCCAAGCUCUUGGAUCAGUACCUGAGACCUCUUCAGUGGGCUGUGAUAUGCUCCAUCCCUCUGAGAGGGAUUCAGCAGACCCUCGUCGCCUUCUGGUCGGAACCCCUCAUGUUGGGUCUCACGGAGACCGUUCUCGCCGUUCCUGUUGCGGUGUUCAGGGUCUUUGUUGGCACCCUCGUUGAGAUUCGUGAGGCUUCUUUCAGGGUCAUUCUCAGGAAACCCAAGCCUCAGACCAAUCACCCUUCUAGGAAGCGUAGUGGGUUUUCCAAUAUGCUCCGGUUGCUUGUGUCUUUUGGGAUGUUCAUCAUUGCUUAUGAGAGGCUUGGUACUUUUGGUGCGCUAUCUCUUCUUGGCUUGGGGUUUCUGUUCAGCUCUAAGAAUGUGAAUUCCACUUUGCACACUUUGUCUUCUUUGAGGACUAACAGCUUCAGGCGUAGUGCAAUCAGUGCUUUCUUUACUAGAGGGGUGUUGAAGAAGUUGAAGACCCUUGUGGCUGUUGGGCUGAUUGUUGGUAUGAUUUUGGGGUUUUUGACUGGGUUGAUCUUUUUCUCUUAUAAGAUUGGUGUUGAAGGGAAAGAUGCAGUGGUUUCUCUCAAAUUGCAUGUGGAAGAGAGCAAUUAUACUGAGAGAAUUGGUGUUAAGCAAUGGAUGGAAGAGAAUGAUGUUGCUGGGAUGGUGGAUAGUUACACUACCAAGUUUUAUGAGACUGUGUCUGAUCAGAUAGAUGGGUUGGCUGUGCAGUACAACAUGACUGAAUUUGUGACUGGCAUUAAGCAUUUUGUGAUAUCUACACCUGCUAACUCUUCAGCUUCUUCAAGUGCUUUGAUGGCCCCCUCACCCUACACACACAAGUUCGUGAGUUUGAAGACCCGGGUUAAGAACCGAGAAUGGAGCCAGAUUUAUACAGAGCUCGAUUCCCUUGUCCGGGAGCUUGUAAUCACCCGCGAGGAUUUAGUUGAGAAGGCAAAAGGGUUUGCCGUUAAAGGAAUUGAUGUGUCUCAGCGUGUGUUUGCUAGCAGUAGAACUGUGCUUGGAAGCAGUACCAAGUUUAUGUUCUCCAUUGCAAAUUCCAUAAUCUCUGGAGCUGCAGAGGUUUUCAAUUUUGUGUCUCAGUCAAUGGUGUUCAUUUGGGUUUUGUAUUAUCUCAUCACAUCAGAGUCUGGUGGAGUGACUGAACAAGUGAUGCACAUGCUUCCAAUUUCAAAAUCCACUAGGGUUAGGUGUGUUGAAGUUUUGGAUAAAGCUAUUUCAGGAGUGCUUUUGGCCACUGCUGAGAUUGCAUUCUUUCAGGGAUGUCUUACUUGGCUUCUGUUUAGGUUGUACAAAAUACAUUUCGUGUACAUGUCAACUAUCCUUGCUUUCAUGAGUCCUCUGCUGCCAAUUUUUCCUUCUUGGCUUGCAACAAUUCCAGCAGCUACACAACUAGUGCUUGAAGGAAGAUAUAUACUGGCCAUUAUCUUGUCUGUUUUGCACCUUUUCCUCAUGGAUUAUGGGGCAUCAGAGAUUCUGGAAGAUGUGCCUGGGAAUAGUGCAUAUCUUACUGGGCUGAGCAUCAUUGGGGGAAUGACAUUGUUCCCAUCAGCUGUGGAGGGUGCUAUUAUGGGUCCAUUGAUAACUACAGUGAUGAUUGCUUUGAAGGAUUUGUAUGCUGAAUUUGUAUUGGAAGAACCUAAGGACAAGGCUAAGCAGAAAACAAGCUAAGCUUCUACCUGUGUCUAUAGAAGUAUUUAUUGGCAGUUGAAGUUUGUUGCAAUUGCAUUCACUCGUUGCCCUUGUUGGUGGAGUUUGCCAUUAGAUUGUGAGUUGCUCAUAGUUAUUUAUAUUUUUUCCUUUUUGAUUUGUAUCAAUGGCUUAUUAUAAUUGUAAGAAGUAGGACUGUUUUUCUUGUUUUUAUCCAUUUUUUAGGGGUCAUCAAAUAUUUUCACUUGGUGGCAGUGUUUGUUAAUUGUACACUUAGAUCUGUAUGUUAUUCCUGUAACAUUUUUUCUUAUUCAUUGUGUACCUAAAGAAAAGAAAUAAAUACUCAUGCUUGUUGGAAAUA